AAGAGAAGGAGCUUCUAUGCUCUUGCAUUGGUGGGCAUGACUAUUCUCUAAAACGGGUGUGAAAACAACACGUUUCUGCCAAACGACCUCCAGUCCUUUUUACUUCAUGAUGGCCGCCGCCUUGAGGGGGAGCAUUUUAUCAUUGGCCAAGAGCCUGACCGGUGCUGCAAUAAAGCCAGUGUGUGUGCGCUCACUGAGCCUCUCAACCAAUCAGAAUGUUUCAGAGACUCCACCAGCGCGGGCCGACAGCACUUUUAAGGUUACGAUGGUGCCAGGCGAUGGAGUCGGACCUGAACUCAUGAUGGCUGUCAAGGAAGUGUUCAAGGGUGCUGAUGUACCUGUGGAGUUUGAGGAAUUUCACCUCAGUGAGGUGCAGAACAUGGCGAGCGAGGAGAAGCUGGACCAGGUGCUGACCUCCAUGAAGAGCAACAAAGUGGCCAUCAAAGGGAAGAUCCACACACCGAUGGAGUACAAAGGAGAGCUGGCUUCCUAUGAGAUGAGACUAAGGAGGAAGCUCGACCUGUUUGCUAACGUGGUUCACGUGAACAGUCUGCCAGGUUACAGCACACGUCACAACAACCUAGACCUGGUGAUCAUUCGUGAGCAGACUGAGGGCGAGUACAGCUCACUGGAGCAUGAGAGCGUGACCGGGGUGGUGGAGUGUCUGAAGAUCAUCACAAGAGAGAAGUCACGCCGCAUUGCCAAGUUUGCCUUUGACUAUGCCACUAAAAAGGGCCGGAGUAAAGUGACUGCCGUGCACAAGGCCAACAUCAUGAAGUUGGGUGACGGGCUUUUCCUGCAGAGCUGUGCUGAGGUGGCCGAGCUGUAUCCCAAGAUCAAAUACGAGACCAUCAUUAUUGACAACUGCUGCAUGCAGCUGGUCCAGAACCCAUACCAGUUUGAUGUCCUGGUGAUGCCUAACCUAUAUGGGAACAUCAUCGAUAACCUGGCAGCGGGUUUGGUGGGCGGAGCUGGUGUGGUGCCAGGAGAGAGCUACAGUGCUGAAUAUGCUGUGUUUGAGACGGGGGCGAGACACCCUUUUGCUCAGGCUGUUGGGAGGAACAUUGCUAAUCCUACUGCUAUGCUGCUCAGCGCUGCUAACAUGCUGCGGCAUCUCAAUCUGGAAUAUCAUUCUAACAUGGUGUCUGAAGCUGUUAAAAAGGUUAUUAAACAGGGCAAGGUGCGGACGCGAGAUCUCGGCGGUUACAGCACUACGGGUGAUUUUGUUCGUGCCGUCGUGGCCAACCUUCGUCACCGGCCUGUGUUCUAAGGACCCUUGCCAUUCCCUUGCCAUUUUUUUUAACCCCUUCUGCUCUUCCUGUGUCCAUCACUUGCUCUACUGCUGUUCAUGUUUAAGAGCAGACUUUGCUGCCUAGAUUACUAUCAGUUUUUUAUUAUUUUGCUGCUGUAAUGUCUAAUUUAACUUAUUUUUUUCUUUUUUUUUCUUUUUCUUUUAAAACCAUUGCCAUAAACCAAUAUUCACUACCAAAGCAAAGCACUGGGAAUUCUGCUUGUUUAAAUUUUUCACACUAUAAAAAUUCUCAUUUACUCCAUUUACUUUGACAUGAGUUGUCUUAACACGACCUCACAUCGUUGGCUGUGUAACGUAUUUCAUUCUUCGUCUUAUUCGUCCAUUGUUGUAUCUCGGUACUUCUCACUUGAGUAAUAGCUGCUAGUGUUAGGCAUUUCUUAAUACAUUGUGUGAUUGUUACUUUUAUUGAUCACUGGAGGUUAAGAGUUAAGUGGAGUUCAUUCAGGAUUAAAAAAAAAUUUGUAUGUAGAAAUCCAAUACGUAUUUUAUGUCCACUGACUUUCAAAAUCAUUGGACAGGAUAAAGAAAUUGUUCAUAACACUUCA